AUGACUACCUCGAUUGAAAAAGGUCCUUGCUUUGGCAUGCGGCAUCUCCAAACGUUGCUGUUAUUCUUCAAUAUUAUGGUCGUGUAUUUCAGCCGCUUGAAUGUCGCUGUGUCUGUUGUGGCCAUGACAAAUGCUAAUACAACGAAUCCAAAUUUUCCGGAGUACAACUGGAAUGAGAAGCAUAAAUCAUACAUAAUCUCAAGUUUCUAUUGGGGCUAUGUAUUCACACAGCUUCCAGGUGGAUAUGUAAGUCGUCUCUUCGGCUCCAAGGUCGUCAUGUUAACAACGACUCUUUGCUCUGCCAUAUGUAGCCUUCUAACCCCGUACCUCAUAUCUUGGGGUGGUUGGCAAGCCUAUUGCGGAAUACGUAUAAUAAUGGGUCUAUCGCAAGGAGCCAUGUUUCCGGCUAUACAUCAACAUCUCGGCAUGUGGUCACCAAAGAGCGAACGCACUCUUUUAGGUACGCUCAGUCAUUCAGGCGCCGAAAUUGGCAUUAUUAUGGCCAUGGGUGUAAGUGGUCUCAUCGCUGCCAGCUCGCUGGGUUGGCCCGGCAUAUCGUACAUAUCGGGAGGCGCCUGCAUUGCUUGGUGUUUGAUUUGGCAAAUUUUUGCCUAUAAUAAUGCACCUUCUGCACGCUUUAUAACGCCUGAGGAAUGUCAAUAUAUUGAAGCGGAUCUAAAGCGUGAAGAUAAGUUCCAUGAUAAGGAGAUUCCCGUGCCAUGGUUGGCAAUCUUCACCUCUGUGCCUUUCCUCAGCUUGAUUUUAGUACGUUGUGCGCAAGCUUGGGGUCUUAAUACACUGCAAGCCCAUAUUCCAUCCUAUUUCGCUGGUGUCUUGAAUAUGAAUAUAAAGAGUAAUGCACUCUUCUCGGCACUACCCUAUAUGGCAAUGUGUAUUUUGACAUACGUUAAUCUCUUCACCGCGGAUUUUAUACUUUCCAAGCAAUUGGUAACGCUGACAGUUUUGCGUAAAGUGGUGAAUACAAUUGCAUUGUGGGUACCAGCCGCCAUGCUGAUUGGCAUCGGUUUCCUGGACGAAGAGCAAAAGACACUGGCAAUUGUGUUGAUAACUUUGAGUGUGGGCAUCAAUGGCGGUGCGACGGUAGGUAGUACGCUGAACACAAUCGAUUUAUCAUCGAAUCAUGCGGGCGUUUUGAUGGGCAUUACCAAUACGAUUGCCAACUUUGUGCCGCUCGUAACACCACUACUAGUCGGAAUCAUUGUAACGGAUGAGAAAAAUCGUUCGCUUUGGCAAAUCGUCUUCAUUAUUGCUGCGGCCAUUUUCUUUGUUGGCAACUUGAUUUUUGUUUUGGGUGGAUCUGCCGAAACGCAACCAUGGGAUGUGCCAGAUUUUUUAACGCGGCAUAAUGUUGAAGAUGCGAAUAUAAACCAUGAUAAUCAGAAGCUUACUUUAAAUGGAACAGAGUUUACGGAAAAACCACAAGUGUUGGCGAUAACCGAAGAUAACGAAAAUGAAGCAGCUGAUGAAAACGGAAGUCACGAUCACCGACUAUCGUCGAAAGGCAUAUCGAACAAAGCAUUUGAGCUGGAAGUAUCAGCGGAUUUGAAUGGAGAAGAAGCUACAUCUGAGUCAGAGCACGUAAAUGGCGAAGGCAAUAUUACGAAGCUGCAGAGGCACAAAUAA